UCGCCCGUGGACACGACCAGACACGUUCAAGUCCACCAGAAAUUCCUCCUUCGUGAUUUGAAGCGUGACAAAAAAAUAAUAAUAAUAAUAAUGGGGAAAGACUACUACAAAACGCUGGGCAUCUCUAAAGGAGCGACUGAGGACGAUAUCAAAAAGGCGUACAGAAAGCAAGCUCUGAAAUGGCAUCCGGAUAAAAAUAAGUCCCCGGCAGCAGAGGAAAAAUUCAAAGAAAUCGCAGAGGCUUAUGAUGUACUGAGUGAUCCGAAGAAAAGGGAAAUAUACGACCAAUACGGUGAAGAAGGUAUAGAGGGGAGUCUGAAGGGCGGAAAUGGACCAACCGGCGACGGCCCCGGCAACACCUUCACCUACACCUUCCACGGGGACCCUCACGCCACCUUCGCCACCUUCUUCGGCGGCUCCAACCCCUUCGAGAUGUUCUUCGGCCGCAAGACCAACGGCCGGGACGAGGAGGACAUGGACGUGGACGACGCUUUCGGCUCCUUCCCCGGCUUCAACAUGAACGGAUUCCCUCGCGACGGGCCCCAGCGGCGAAAGCAGGACCCGCCCAUCAUCCACGAACUGCGCGUCACCCUGGAGGAGGUGUUCCACGGGUGCACCAAGAGGAUGAAGAUCUCCAGGAAGCGGCUGAACCCGGACGGGCGGACCAUGCGGACGGAAGAUAAGAUACUCACCAUAGAGAUAAAGAGGGGGUGGAAAGAAGGGACUAAAAUCACGUUUCCGAGAGAGGGGGACGAGUCGCUGAAUACGAUACCGGCGGAUAUUGUGUUCGUGAUCAAAGACAAGCCGCACCCGCAUUUCCGGCGCGAGGGGUCCAAUAUCGUGUACCCGGUGAAAGUGAGCUUGAGACAGUCUCUAUGCGGCUGCUCCGUUACCGUGUCCACCAUCGACGGAAAAACCUGCAACAUGAAAAUCACCGACGUCAUCAAACCGGGCAUGAGGCGGACCGUGGCGGGACAGGGCCUCCCUCUGCCCAAGAACCCGGAGCAGAGGGGCGAUCUGGUGGUGGAGUUCGACGUCAACUUUCCCGAAACUUUACCCAGCAACGCCAAGGAUGUGCUAAAACGCCACUUACCCACAUAGAAGCCGAGGACGCGCAACAAAAUGAGCCAAAAAUCGCAAUUAUUGGUAGCGGUUUGACUACAGGGACGUGCAUUUCAAUGACAGUUGGCAGAUGGAACCCCUACGAAUGUGCAAUUUCUAUUUUUAAAAAGUGUUUC